AUGUCUCACAUUUUUUCAAUUAUCUUUCUUACACUCUUUCUUUCCUUACGUUACACCUCGGCAGUACAAAACCAUAAUCUUCAUAGUAGUAACCAAGAUAAACAAAUUUACAUUAUUAGUAUCCAAAACAACUUAAAACCCAAUACAUUUUCCAAUGUUGAGGAUUGGUACAAGUCCAUUCUUAGUAGAAUCAAUUCUAAUCCCAGUGAUUCCUUGCUUCAUGUUUACAACACCGUUUUCCAUGGCUUCUCGGCCCGGCUUAGGGCCGAGCAUGCCGACUCAUUAAGAGCUCAAGUUGAAGUCAUUUCUAUCAUUCCAGACAUAGUCUACCAACCUCAAAUAACAAGAUCACCUCACUUCCUUGGCCUUGACUCGUACCAUACCCCGCUAGGGUUGCUAAAGGACUCCAACUUGGGGUCUAACGUCGUGGUUGGAGUCAUUGACACGGGUAUCAAGCCCGAGCACCCGAGCUUUGACGACAAAGGGAUGGACAAGGUACCAGAUCGCUUCAAGGGUGUAUGUGAUGGAGGGGUGGACUUCCCAUCUUCCCUAUGUAACAAAAAACUUGUUGGCGUACGAUAUUUCAAUAGUGCAGCACGUAAAGGCGAUCCUUUAUCAGCUCGAGACGAUUUUGGGCAUGGGACUCAUACGGCCUCCACAAUUGCAGGCCGUACGAGUUCCAAAAAUGUCUCCUUCAUUGGGUACGCAGAAGGCCAAGCCACGGGGAUAGCUCCCAUGGCAAGGCUAUCCAUCUACAAGACGUGUUGGACGUUCGGGUGCACUGGGUCGGACGUACUAGCUGCCAUGGAUAAAGCCGUGGAGGACGACGUGGAUGUCAUCUCCCUCUCCUUAGGCCCCGUCGCGUCACGUGAUUACACCACAGACCCUAUUGCAAUAGGCGCAUUUGGUGCAUUUCAAAAGGGGGUGUUUGUCUCAGUUGCAGCUGGAAAUAGUGGACCUUUACCUGGACAAAUUUCGGCUUCCGCCCCGUGGUACAUCUCCGUCGGGGCUAGCACCAUCGAUAGAACAUUCCCUGCUGAUGUCAUCCUUGACAAUGGUGAUGUUCUUUCAGGCAGCUCUCUCUACACAGGGGAUCCACUACCAAAGAAUAAAACAUACCCUUUGGUACAUUUUACAUCUGAUUAUUCUAUGGAACAAUGUAUGCCGGGGUCAUUAGACAGUGUUGACGUAAAGGGUAAAAUCGUAAUUUGCUCACCAGGGCUAAUCAACAAAGUUGAGAAAGGGGUGGUUGUGGGUAAAGCUGGUGGAGUGGGAGUUAUUGUAGCUCUAAAUGAUCCUACAUUAGGCGAAAACGAUACACAAAAAAGCGACCCGUAUACGAUACCCGGAUUAACCAUACCUAUUGGAGCAACUACAAAACUUUUGGAUGAUAUCAGUAAGAAGAAGGUGAAAGAAGGGACCAUUGUGUGUCGAGGGACACAAAUAGGCGAAAAACCGGCUCCGGUGGUUGCCUCGUUUUCGUCUCGAGGACCAAAUAAUGUGUCUAAGUAUGUACUAAAGCCUGACGUGAUCGCGCCAGGGGUUGAUAUACUGGCUGCCUGGCCUGAAGGCGUACCGCCUUCUAGGUUGGAAGAGGACCAAAGGGUUACUCAGUAUAAUAUCGCGUCAGGCACGUCUAUGUCUUGCCCUCAUGUCUCGGGUUUAGCCGCCUUGCUCAAGAGUGCUCACCCUGAUUGGAACCCGGCUAUGAUCAAGUCCGCCUUGAUGACCACGGCGUAUAUUGGUUACCAUGAGAUGAGCAAGAUGGCUCAAAAUCAAGAUCAGGCGUCUUCUUAUUGGGCUACUGGUGCAGGACAUGUGAACCCCGAAAAGGCGAAUGAUCCCGGGCUAGUGUAUGAUAUCAGUGAGGAUGAUUUCAUUCAAAAUCUAUGUGCUUCAGGGUACAAUGCGACUGAAAUGAAGAUCAUUGUGAAAAAAUCAAUUAUCUGCGAUGAAAAAUCGAUGGUUAAGGAGUGGGACUUGAACUACCCUGCCUUGGUUGUGCCAUCUGAUGUUGAAGGUAAAGUGUUUAACAGGACUUUAACAAGUGUGAACGCUACUGCAUCAACGUAUACCGCGAAAGUUUCGAGUCCUGCAGGAUUUAAUGUGACUGUUAAUCCUCCUGAAUUAAGUUUCAAGAAGAUUUGGGAUAAGCAAAGUUUUUCUGUUACAAUUUCGGCAGUGAAAGAUCAAGGAAUCACGCUAAAUGAACAAACUUCUAGUUCAGUCACUUGGACUGAUGGCAAACGUAGUGUAACCAUACCUUUGAUUAUGGUAUGA